GGUUAAAUUUGCCUACUACAGAAAGUCUUUUCAGUCUUAGACGUUCAGCUGCCAAGCAUCUGCUUUGCUAUGGGACUGGGCAAGACCUUGCAGUCGAUUACGCUAUUGGUCUAUUUGAAAUUUCAGCGGCACUGUCCGGGCCCUUAUUUAAUACUCUGUCCCUUGAGUGUGACUGAUGGCUGGGCAUCAGAGCUGGAACGAUUUGCACCGAAACUAAGGGUCAUGCGAUAUGUUGGUGACAAAUUACAAAGAAAUAGCAUGCGAGAUACGAUAUGUAAUUAUGUCAACAAGCAAUCUCUCGAAACUAGAGCUGACCCAGCUUUGCCAUUUGAUAUUCUUCUCACAACAUACGAGCUUGCAGUUUUGGAUGCGAAGUUUCUGUCUCGCCUUUGUUGGCGGUACUGUAUUAUCGACGAAGCGCAGAGACUGAAGAACUCUGCCACCGUGUUGUACCGGACUCUGUUGGAAAAGUACAUGGUACCAAGACGGCUUUUGCUGACGGGAACUCCAAUUCAAAACAAUCUUUCAGAGUUGUGGGCUUUGUUGCAUUUUUGCAUGCCCAGAGUUUUUGGUGGUCGGAAGGAGUUUCUGGAUGCUUUCGGGCCUGCUGCAACAGCUACACAGACUAUAACCGAGGAAGAUUCACCAGACAAUGAUGAUUUGAAGGAUUCCAAACUUGAGUUAAAGCGUCUCAGACAAAUUCUACGGGCAUUUAUGCUUCGCCGCACCAAAGCGGCUCUUGUAAAAAGCAAAGUACUUUCUUUGCCUCCUUUAACAGAAGUAACCGUGUUUACACCACUUAUGCCCAUUCAGAAGAGGGUCUACGUCUCGGUACUUAAAAAAGAAUCACCCAAAAUUGUCGGAAGGAACUCUGGCUCAGCUUCUGGUCCUCCUUUGCAGAACAUCGUUAUGCAAUUACGGAAGGCAUGCAGUCAUCCUUAUCUUUUUGAGGGAGUAGAGCCCGAGCCUUUUGAAGAAGGAGAACAUCUCAUCGAGGCUAGUGGUAAGCUGUUGAUGUUAGACAUAAUGCUCAAACGGCUGCAUGCUGGAGGUCAUCGCGUCUUGAUAUUUGCUCAAAUGACACGAACUCUUGACAUUCUUCAGGACUACUUACAAUAUCGUCAAUACACUUAUGAUCGCCUGGAUGGUUCUCUACGUGCUGAGGAGCGUUUUGCUGCAGUGCGGAGCUUCAGUACCGCAAAAGCAGCCUCUUCCAGUGCCGGAACACAAGCUUCUGCAGGGCCUUUUGUGUUCCUCAUAACAACUCGGGCCGGUGGAGUGGGUUUGAAUCUCGUUGCCGCUGAUACUGUCAUAUUUUACGAGCAAGACUGGAAUCCACAAGCUGAUAAGCAGGCCUUACAAAGGGCUCAUCGGAUGGGUCAGAUGUCCUCAGUAUUGGUGAUGAAUUUGAUCACACAACACACCGUGGAAGAGGUGAUACUACAGCGAGCUAGGACGAAACUCCAGCUCACGCACGAAGUCAUCGGUCGUGAUGAGGCCGACUUAGAAAAGCAUGGUCCUGCUGGUUAUGAUAAUUCAGAAAUGCAGGCUAUGAUUGUUUUCGGCCUUAAAAAAAUUGUAUCUGAUGCGAAGGUUGCGAGCGAGCUUCACGAAAAUACUCUAGACAAGGCAAUCAACAAGAGGGAGCUAGAAACUAUUGUAGAUGAGGCUUUGAAUCAACGAGCACCAUUAGAUGACAGUGAGGUGAAAAGAGAAUUUCCUACUCAUAACUCCCAUAAUGCACUAGGAGACCUCUCUACAAAUCGUCUCAUCAAAGUUGAAGAUGGUAAGGUGAAGAAGGAGCUUCCUAGUUUAAAAUCCUUCAGUGCCCUCGAAGACCUCUCUGCAAAUCGAGAUAUCAAAGUUGAAGAUACAAAGCCUGUUGAUACCCACGAAGCACUAUCGAUAUUGAGCUCUUUUGUUGAUAUAUAUCCAAAUACGACCAGUCAAGGAAGAGACACAAGCCUCGGUAAGCGAACUAGAAAUCAUCCUACACCAGAAGCUGACUUAGAAGCCGUGGUCAAGAGAAACAGAAAAGCAGAAGAGAACAAAAGAGCAAAAUGGGCAUCGAGUGGUUACAAAUCUUUGGCUCUUCCUGACACCUGCGAAGAGACAGGCAUCUUCGGGAAUGAAGAAGAUGAAGACGAUUACAUCCACUACCUGGUUGGUGAUUGCACUAAACCCAGAUUGGCACCCGGUGAAAGUGCUAUCAUCCUCUGGUGUAUGGAUGAUUCGGGCACAUGGGGUAAAGGGGGGGUAUUUUCUGCACUUGCUCGUCUCUCAAAAUUUAUCCUGGAAGCUUAUACAGCUGCUUAUUCUGCUGGGGAUUUGCAUAUGGGUGAUGUUCAUCUUGUUCGAGUACCAGAUACUGAUGCAACUGACAUCAUGAACUCAUCCAUCAAAGCUGAAGAUAAACGUGGAGUCUGGACAGCCCUAUGUGUGGUGCAGAGCUAUGAUGGUAGAAGAAAGAUUCCUCGAAGUGAUAUCUCUCUCUCUCACUUUGAAUCAUGUCUCAAGAAGGUUGCGUUAGCAGCUAGCAAGUGUUCAGCAUCUAUCCACAUGCCUAGGAUCCAUGUUGGCUCUGGUGGUAAACAAGGGUGGUAUGUUGUGGAACGUCUACUUAGAAAGUACGCCACUGCAUAUCAUGUACAUUUUAACGUAUACUAUUUCCAAAGGAAAGCCUCCCAAUACGAUUGAAUUACAGAGAAGAACACAAAAAUAUACUGGCUCGUUUUCAGCAGCGGCGGCCUUACUGGGACUUUCCAUUUCUGUUCCCAACCGUUCCUUUGAGGCGGGCAACCAGGUCGAUCUCUUGGAGAAUCAAAAUGUGGAUGCGCAAAGGGUCCCUUCUGAUUGGUCCAACCAGCCCACAAUAUUGGUUCUUCUGCUGAGUUAACUGCGAGAUGCUACCUUGAUUCGUCACCCUGCUCAUAACUGAUAUCAACGUUAAGAAGUAGGAUGAGAUUACGAAGGUGAUAAAGACUCAAUACUACUUUCUAGCGUAUUCGAUCAAUAUCACAAUAUUGUCACUUUUUUUGGCUCAUACAUUGUAAGUUUAUCGAGUGCAUGUUAUCCAUAAAUGUUAGAAUUACUUCAAUCCUUAUUAUUUCCAUGUGUUCGGACUUGUACAUUACUGUCCUAAUUGUGAGCAUUGAAAUCUAGUGAUUAGUAUUCUCCUAUGACGGUGAACUCCAGAGGAUGCGACACUUCAUAGUGAUGUCUCCCACUAUAAAGGCAAACCACUCUGUGAAGGUGUGAUACUCCGUGUGUUUCGCUUACUUUGGUCCCAUUCGGAUUGGACAUUUGAAUCCAAUUCGGGUCACUCUGAUGAUCAUCAACUAUCUAUGGAAUCC